AUGGAAACAUGUGUUGGCCACCAGUUCCGAACAUGGUAUCCAACGGACCUUCCACCAGAGUUAAACUCAAUCACCCUAGAGAAAAUUUUCUGGGAGGAUUCGAUGAAGGUCUACGACUGUGAAACAGGCUUCCAAGUCCAGCAAUCCACUAAAGGUAUUUUUGUGUCCCAACUGAAGUAUGCCAAAGAUCUUGUGAAAAGAUUCGGUUUGGAUGGAAAAAGUCAUGCUCGCACACCCAUGAGUACGAGUGUCAAGCUGAGUGCAAAUGUGGUUGAGAAAUCUGUUGAACAAUCUUUGUACAGCAGAAUGAUAGGUUGCCUCCUCUACCUUACAGCUAGUUGGCCUGAUAUAUCCUUCAGUGUGGGUGUCUGUGCGCGAUUUCAAGCUAAUCCCAAGGAAUCCCAUUUGACAGCCGUUAAACAGAUCCUCAGAAACACAAAUCUUGAUCUUGCAGGGAUGAUGAUUGUCUAUUGUGACAAUACUAGUGCCAUCAAUAUAUCGAAGAAUCCGGUUCAACACUCUCACACGAAGCAUAUUGACAUUCGUCAUCACUUCAUCCAUGACUUGGUCGAGACCCAGGUGGUAUCGCUUGAAUUUAUGCCUACUGAACAUCAAUUAGCUGACCUGUUUACAAAACUCCUAGAUGGCUCUAGGUUUGAGUAUCUCAGGAAUGCUAUUGGUGUAUGCGAUCUCUCAUGA